AUGAGUGGGAAAGGAGGCGGUGGCGGCGGCGGAGUAGGUCACAACAACAGCGAUAGGAACCAUGGCGGAAAGGGCAGUAAUGGAAUUUCCGCCAUACCGGCGGGCUCCAGGAAGAUAGUUCAGAGCUUGAAAGAGAUUGUCAGCUGUCCCGAGGCGGAGAUCUAUGCGAUGCUCAAGGAGUGUAACAUGGACCCUAACGAGGCCGUUAAUCGCCUCCUCACUCAAGAUCCUUUCCGCGAAGUUAAGAGCAAGCGAGAAAAGAAGAAAGAGAAUAAGGAUACAACAGACAUUCGGCCUCGUGGUGCUAAUAAUGUUACACAUCGCGGUGGCAGGGGAAGUUCAGACCGGUAUGGGCGUAGUGGAUCAAACCAAUAUGGCUCAACUGAUUCUGGUGCUUUGCAUGGUAAAUCUGCUUACAGGAAGGAAAAUGGAGCACAUGCUUAUGCAGGCUCUACUUCUUAUGCCUCUGCCACUGCAGGGAACAAUAGUGGGUGGCGAGCUCAAUUUCCCAGCGACUCAUUGGGUGCUGAAAAUAAAACACCAACUGUAAGUGCAGGUGAUGGGGUUUCCUCAUCAGUGCAGCCUACUCCUGGAAUUCAAUCUGGUUGGAUUGCGGUUCCAGGUCAGGUAUCAAUGGCAGAUAUUGUCAAAAUGGGAAGGCCCCAGAGUAAGCCAUCUGCAUUACAUAGCCACAUUGUUAAUGAGCAGCAUGGAUGGGCACCCGCACACAAUGAUAUGCAUUCAUCAGAAAAUAGUGCUCACAAGGUGCCGGAGAUGCACAAUGAACCAGAAGUUUAUUCCAAUGACUGGCCAUCAAUUGAGCAGCCAUCUGGUGCUAAUGUGUCAUCUUUUAUGGAGGCACCUACAGAUCCUGAGUUGUAUGCGAACCCAUCAAGCUUACCUUUAGAUAGAGCAGAUGAGCACGUUAGGUCCGAGCCUGAUGAAGUUCAGUCAGAAGAGGACGAUCUUGUUCAAACGCUUAAUGAAAGUCAAGGUGGGCCUCCUUCUGUAUCCAGUAGACAUAUACAGGAAGAUGGCAUUGGAGGUUCCUCACUAUUCGACAAUGAUCUGUAUGAUAAUAUUAACUCCUACCAGGCUCAUAGACAUGCUUUUGAGCAUAAUGAAGCAGAGGACAGUUCAUCAUCUGUCUCAGCAAAUCUAAAGCAAUUGAGCUUGCAGAAUGAAGAUAAGGUUGGGCCACCUGAAGAAGAUAACCCUGUUGUAAUAAUUCCAAAUCAUCUUCAAGUUCAUGCUCAAGAUUGUUCGCACUUAAGUUUUGGUAGCUUUGCUUCUGGCAUCGCUUCGGGUUUGUCUGGGCCAUUUGGAUCGAACUCCUUGGCGAAUAAUCUGGAAGAGACAUCUGAAACGGUGGAAGCCGACACAGCAGUGCACUCAAAUGCUAGAGAUCCCGAGUACUAUGCAGAUGAGCAUCUAAGAAGUACAGGUGAAGAUGAUUUAGUUCAUAGAACUAAUAAUGCGAAUGCUGGGAACUAUGAUUCUCCUGCAGUCCCUCAACCACAAGUCUUAAAGGAGGAAAGCCAGGAAGCUGCUCAGGAAAAUCAAUAUGCAUUUGCCUCCUCUACGCCUGGCUAUAAUUAUGAAAACACUCAGCAUUUAGAUGCUGCCUUUAACAGUCAACAGCCGAGCUCUCAGAUGCAGAACAUUGCGGCCUUCUCAAGUGUUAUGCAGGCCUAUUCAAACUCAUUACCUAGUGGAUUGUUGGCUUCAAACGUGCCAACAGGAAGGGAGCCUGAUCUGCCAUACUCACCUUUCCCAGCCACUCAAUCCAUGCCUACAAAGUAUGGCACUACAGCGUCCUCUAUCAGUGGUCCAAGCAUGUCCAUGCCAGAGGCUCUCAGAGCAUCCAGCAUUUCCACGCAUCAGCCAACUCAACAGUCACUUGGUGGUGGCGGUGGUGCUGUUGCCACUGGACCUGCUCUGCCUCAGCACCUUGCUGUCCACCCAUAUUCACAACCUGCGCUUCCUAUGGGCCAUUAUGCUAACAUGAUUGGCUAUCCUUUCUUGCCUCAGAGCUAUGCAUAUAUGCCGUCGGCUUACCAACAGACUUUUGCAGGCAAUAGCAAUUACCACCAGGCUCUGGCAGCUAUGCUUCCUCAGUACAAGAAUAGUGUUUCUGUCAGCAGCUUGCCCACUCAGUCUGCUGCUGUCCCAUCUGGAUAUGGGUUUGGGAAUUCAUCAAGCAUUCCUUCAGGAAACUUCCCUCUCAAUCCACCUGCUCCCCCUGCUGGUACAACUCUUGGCUAUGACGAUGUGUUGAGCUCGCAGUACAAGGAUAACAGCCAUUUGAUGUCUCUGCAACAACAGAAUGACAACUCAGCAAUGUGGGUUCAAGGGCAUGGAUCACGGACCAUGUCAACAGUCCCUGCAAACUCUUAUUACAACUUCCAGGGGCAGAACCAGCAGCUGCAACAGCAACAGCAACAGCAGCUUCAACAGCAACAGCAACAACAACAGCUUCAACAGCAACAGCAACAGCAGCCCUCAGGCUUUAGGCAAAGUCAACAACAGCCGUCACAACAUUAUGGUGGUCUUGCGGGUUACCCGAAUUACUACCAUUCCCAAACAGGGUUAUCCCUUGAUCAUCAGCAACAGAGCACGAGGGAUGGAUCUCUUGGCGGCAGCUCGCAAGGCCAGGGCCCGAAGCCAACCCAACAGCUAUGGCAAAACAGUUACUAA